UAUGCCGAAUAAGCAGCAAACAAAGAGACCAGAAGUAUUAAAAAAUCAAGGAACUAGGUCUAGUUACAAUAGUGUUCAAUUUGACAACGACGAAGAGUUUAUAAGGCCUAGAGCAAAUACUUUUUCUCCGACUAUGGCAAGAAAAAGGCGAUCUUCGCUGCUCGAUCCCGAAAAGUCUCGAUCUUCUAGCACCGACGCUAUUCAGCUUCCAUCGGGUUCUCCCGCAUUCCAACAGGUUCUUCAGGAAAUCGAAAUGGAACAAAUCAAAUUAGACGAUUGCAUGAACAAUCACACGGCAAUGAAAUCAAAUUUAAUGAAGAAGAGAACGUCUAGCAUAGAAGGAGAGAGACACGUUCAUUGGAAUGAAACGCUCAAUAAGCCAAAGAACAGAUUAAACUAG